AUGUCGGAGACGCGGCUGUCGUCAGUCAGUGAUCUACAUCGCAUCUCGCACGACAUGAAGGUUUGCUUAAGCAGUUUAGCGGUGCUGAUGUGCCUGGGGGCAGUUUGGGCAGAGCCCCCCGUACCAAACUACUCCACGACCAACGAGGAUGCCUUCGCCCCUCCUCCACCCUCCGCCCCAUCAGCUUCCUAUGGUCCACCCUCGUCAUCGUAUGGGCCACCUUCACGCGGCAGUAACAGGUUCGGCAACAGUAACCGCCACACGAUGGCAGUUCUCAGACCCAGUGCCAACUAUGGCGCACCCUCGUCAUCCUACGGUGUACCGGGGCAGAUCUCUUCGGCGCCGAAACGUCCAAGCUUCGGGGGCAACCGAGGGUUCUCUACCGGGGCUUCCUCUGGUGGGUUUGGAGGCUUCAGCGGGGGCGGUCACAGUGGGGGUGGAUACAGUGGGGGUGGUCACAGUGGAGGUGGAUACAGCGGGGGCGGUCACAGCGGGGGUGGAUACAGUGGGGGUGGUCACAGCGGGGGUGGAUACAGUGGGGGUGGAUAUAGCAGGGGAGGCAGCAGAGGAGGCUACAACUACGAUGAUGGAAGCUCGGAGCCUGCCAGCUACCAGUUCUCCUACCACGUACAAGACGCUCCCUCAGGCAACGACUUCGGCCACAUGGAGUCCAGAGAGGGUCACGUGGCCAAGGGCAUGUACAUGGUCCUUCUGCCGGACGGGAGGCGACAGAUCGUGGAGUACACGGCCGACGAGACAGGAUACCAUCCGACGGUCAGGUACGAGGGGACGGCCACUGGGGGCGGCUACCCAGCCAGCGGGGGCGGCACUGGCAGUGGAGGCGGCUACCGUUACUGAACACCUCUUCAGAAACACUCUGGCAACAAUGACUACCCCCACGAGCACCACACCGUCGUACUUCGGCGUGUAAGCCAGCGUCGUCUUGCCGAUUGUUUAUCGCUUUACGAGUUACCAAAAGUUACCUUUGAAAGUCAUUAUAUUAAUGGCUCGUUUGUGACCAAGUUUAAAAACUGUACCUUUGACUUUUGUAUUGUAGUAGACACAGACCAGCUGUAGCCAAUUAAAAAUUAACUUAGUUCAAUGGUCCUCUAAUAGAGUGUGCUGCUAAAUUUAUUUUCGCAUAAUCUUUGUACUGUGAUAGUUGAUGAGGUAUAAGAAGCUAGAUUUAGUAAUCAGUUGACCUUUCAGUUUUGCUUAGUGAAACAAUUGUUGUAUUCUAUAUAAAUUUACAUCUGUGCCACCAGUCGUUGGCUCAACUGGACUACGUAAUUGUUUAUCCAAGCCUACUCGUAAAUCUGGCUACAACUCUAACAUGUGAUUGAAGUGUAUCCAUGGUCAAGUGUUUUACAGUGUGUAUUUUGUACAAAAAUUUUCUUGUUUCAUUCCACUCUAUUUUAAUGUAAGUUGUUUUUUUUUAAUUUAACAGCUGUUUUUGUAACAUACUAAUAUUUCAAUGUGAUCCCGUUGUAAAUAACAUGCAUUACUACCAAUGAUGUAUAACCAUUUCACUCUAAUUUUAAGGAAAGAUAAAUUAUUGUUUUAGCUUUUCGAGUCUUAAAAAUUAGAAAUAAAAUUUAUUACGAAAAACAAUUAUUCAUUUUUAAAUUAUAUCACCACAGUAGUUUUAUUCUCUCUAGUAUUUUGUGUUCUCGUAUAAGGAUUAGCUUUAACUUAGUAAA